GUACUAUCUUCUCUAACUCCCUCCCCCCACUCUCUCUCUUCUCAUCCACCGGCCGGCGGCGUCGACGGCGACGGCGACGACGGCACCCGCAUCAGGUUUACCGGUUUCAUCUAGUGAUCUCUUCUUUAACUACUGUCGUCAGAAAGAACGGAAGCAGUUGCUGGCAUUGAUGGAGAAGCAGAGAGGGAAUGGCGCCGAUCAAACGAUAGAUGAUAAAGCUUCAUAGAAGGAAUACGAUUUCUCGUAUAUUUUUGUAGUUUAAGCAACCCUAAGCUGCUAAGGUGAUGGCAAUUGUACAAGAGGAGUUUUCUUUCAUUGAAGAUAAAGGAGAAUUGGGAUUCAUAGACUUUGAUGAUGAUAAAUCUGUUUGUAGUUAUAAACCUGAGGAAGAAGGGUCAGUUAUUAUAUCUGUUCCAUUUCCACCAGUCAAUGGAAAACCUCAAUCAAUUACUGUUGGAGAGUCUUCUUCUAUCCAAAUUACUAUAAACAACACCAAUGAUGAAUCUGUGGAGCUAUGGACUAUUGAUAUUUACGAUUCAAACCCUAAGGACUCGUUCACCCUUUCGCUGAUGGAACCUCCUUCGGCGAAUUCUGAUCCAGAUUAUGUGCAGAGGUUUCGGGAAUCUUUUAGCUUGGGAGACAGAGUAUUACUUCCACACAAGAUAUUAACUGUUUGGUUAACAUGCAAACCAAAGGAUAUUGGGUUGCACACUACUGUAGUGAAUUUCGACUUGGAGGGUGUGGUUACAGAGAGAAUGGUUUUCCUUUUAGCGGAAGACAAGGUUUCUCAAUUCUUAACAUCCAACAAACCAUACCGUAGAGAUAGGAAAACUAGGCUGCCAGAAGUCUAUAAUCGCAACAAUUUUGUAGCUGGUUCACCACCUCCAAGGAAUUCAAAUAGAAGGUGUAAAGUUAAGCUUCCAAUGCAUAAAAUUCCAGACGAUGUGAGGGGUCUGUUAGAGGCAAAGCAGAUACCUGAAUCUAUCACUCUUGGUUUAACUAAAGAAAAUUACUGUCAAUUCUUCAAAACCUUGUUAAUCAUGGAAGAAAUCAAAUUGGAGGAUGUAAUGAGAGGCUAUGAUAUGGAGAACAUCUCAUUCAGGAAUAAGGGUCUUUUGUUGGCCCUUGAAGUACCAGGACUAGCUGAGAAGAGGCCUUCACUAGUUUAUGGAGAUUUCAUAUUAGUUAAGUCCACAUAUCAAGAUCCCAACAAUGAAGCAACUCCUACAUAUCAGGGUCAUAUACAUAGGGUGGAGGCAGAAGUUGUGCUUUUGAAGUUUGCAGAUGAUUUCUAUAGCCAGCAUAACUCUAGGAGCGUCUACAAUGUUCAAUUCACUUACAAUAGGGUAAACAUGAGAAGGUUAUAUCAGGCCAUUGAAGCAGCAGAAUCAUUAGGCAUUGAUUUUCUCUUCCCAUCUGAAUCUUCAGAACAUAGAAGAGUAAUUAAACCAAUCAAUCUAUCCUCAACAACUUUUACUUUAAACGAGGAGCAAACGCGUUCAGUCGAGAUGAUCCUCGGCUGUAGAGGAGGAUCUCCUUACGUCAUUUACGGGCCACCAGGCACAGGCAAAACCGUAACACUAGUUGAAUCAGUUCUACAACUCUACACACGGUAUAAGAACGCCAAGAUACUCGUCUGCGCGCCUUCAAACAGCGCAGCCGAUCACGUCCUGGAAAUGCUGAUCGGCCAUGUUCAAGUAAACGACGUUUUCAGGCUGAAUGCUAUCGCCAGGCCAUUCGAGGAGAUAAACCCCGACAUUCUCCAAUUCACUUAUCAUGUAGAUGGAGUCUUCCAAUGCCCGCUUUUAAGUAGGCUGAAACAUUUUCGGAUCACAGUGUGCACUUACAUGAGUGCGUGUCUUCUCUAUGCAGAAGGAGUUUCGAGAGGUCAUUUCUCGCAUAUUUUUCUAGACGAGGCUGGGCAAGCCUCGGAGCCUGAGACGAUGAUUCCGAUAUCACAUUUCUCUAAUAGAAAUACGGUUGUUGUGCUCGCCGGAGACCCUAAGCAGCUCGGGCCCGUGAUUCAUUCCAAGGAAUCAGAGGUUUACGGGAUGGGAAUGUCGUACCUCGAGAGAUUGUUCGAGUGCGGUUUAUACAAAACCAUGGAACCAAACUACGUUACAGAAUUGGUUCGUAACUAUAGAUGCGAACCGGAGAUUCUCUACAUAUCGUCGAAACUUUUCUACGCAGGUAGCUUGAUCGCAUGCAAAGACGAAGAAUCUGGUUUCGCGACAACAUGUCUAGAUUUCCUACCGAACAAGGAGUUUCCGGUUGUUUACAUCGGAGUGCAAGGUUGUGACGAAAGGGAAGGGAACAAUCCUUCUUGGUUUAACCGUUUCGAGGCAAGCAAGGUUGUUGAGAUUAUAACGUCGCUCAAGGAGAAUCAGGUGGUGAGUCCGGAGUGCAUUGGCGUGAUAACGCCUUACAGGCAGCAGGUGCUGAAACUUACUCGAGCUCUCGAGGAUUUUGGUUGUUCUGGUGUUAAGGUUGGUAGUGUGGAACAAUUUCAAGGGCAGGAGAAAGAUGUGAUUAUUGUAUCUACGGUCAGAUCAACAAUCAAACAUAAUGAGUUUGAUAAAACUUAUUGCUUGGGGUUCUUGAGCAACCCGAAAAGGUUUAACGUCGCCAUUACCCGUGCCAAGUCUUUGAUGAUCAUUAUCGGUAAUCCACACAUCACAAGCAAGGAUCCAUAUUGGAAUGCGCUAUUAUGGUACUGUGUAGAUGGGGGUUCAUACAUGGGGUGCAUUCUUCCCGAACGAGAGAAGACGAUUUUGGAGGAAGUUGUAGAGGAGGUGGUGGUGGUUGAAGAAGAAGACGGUUUUAAUGGCGAUUAUAAUAUCGGAAAAGAGUUUCCUGAAAUGGAGAGUACAUGGAGUGCAACAGGAAUAGUCGAUGAAGCACAUGAUGGCAAUAUGGGAAAAGAGUUUCCUGAAAUGGAGAGUCUAUGGAGUGCAACAGGAAUAGCCGAUGAAGCACAUGAUGAUAACAAUGGAGAUCAUGAAUGGACAGAAACUAUUAAUGAUGGCACUCUUAGUAGUAGUGUAGUAAAACCUAGUUUUAAUGAAGAUGAUUGGGAGGAUGGUUGGAAGUAGUAGUAAGAAAUAGGCCUAUUCUGAUUUGGAUUAGACUAAGUUUAAUUUUGAAAUUUGAUACUUGUUUUCUUUCUUCAAUUUUAACAACUCUUCAGAUUACAUUUUUAAACUAUUCAAUUCCCGCCUCGUAUUUUAGUUCA